UACUAAAAAAUGUUUUUUUUUUAUCGAUAUAUUAUUAUUUAUUAAUUUAACAAAGCCAUGUCUGUUCUAACUAUAUGUUUUGGUACUUGUGGUAUACGUUUUACCCAUAGUCUUUAUUCCACUAUUUUUAAUGACAUAAACACUUUUGAUCCCAUUGUUACUGAACAAGUUAACCAAGAGUAUAAACAUACCAGUGAGUCUUAUUUCUUUGAUUUAAAAUCUAGUGGUUAUUUGGAGCCCAGGUCAAUUUUAAUUGAUAUAGGAGAUCCAAAUAUUGGUGAUACUUUAAAAAAAUCAAAAAAUUGUAAUUGGGGAUUUGGACAAAAUGCAUUAGGGUUUAAUUUUAUUGAAGGAACUACAAAUAACUGGUCAUAUUGCUAUUAUGUCAAAGGUCCUGAAAUGUUUGAAGAUGUUUCUAGUCGGUUGAGAUUUGAAAUAAAUAAAAUUGAUAAAAUUGAAUAUUUUUUAAUAAUAUUAUCACCUUCGGGUGGUUGUGCUGGAUCAGCAUGUUUUAUACUUGAAAAAUUAAAACAGGAUUUUCCUAAAAUUUCUUUUAUUGUAGUCUUUGUCAUGCCAUAUCAGUCAAAAGAUGCUAUCCAAAAUUAUAAUACUUCAUUUACUAUUAGCAAACUGUACAGUAUAUCAGAUUGUAUUUUUUCAUUUGAUAAUUCUGUUUUACAAGAAGUUUGUCAAGCUGGGCGUUCAGAAAUCAAAGUUUCAUUUGAUGAUUUGAAUCAAAUAGCCAGCAAACAAUUAAUAUCUAUAUUUCAACCAGUAGAACAUCAAACAUUUCCUUAUUUUCUGUCACUUGUACAUGAUCAAAAAUAUAAAUUUUUAAGAUUACAGUCAUCUCCAAAUUAUAGAAAAGAAUAUUCUUCAUAUGAAUCAACUCCAAGAUGGGAAGCAAUUGUGAAUCAAACUAUACGUUCAUUAAAUUCAUCACAUUGUGUGUCUUUUGGAAAUUUUGUUGUAUAUCGAGGUGAUACUUCCAAUGAUGUUGAUAAAUUAAAUUUUUCUGGAAAGUUAAGUACUUUAUCAUUUUCUAAACAUAUUCUAGAGGAACAUAAAUUUUUACAAAUGUUUCAACAAAGACAUUUUAUGGGUUCCAAAUAUUUAAGUGUGUUGUCAAAUAACUCAACAAAUGUUUCUGCUUUAAGCUCUGUAGUAAAAUUAGCCAAACGGGCUUUUUCCCAUAAAGCAUUUGUACAUCAUUAUAUUCAAUAUAAUACAAAUAUCAAUGAUUUUAAAAAUGUUUUUUCUCAUGUGAACGAAAUUAUUAAAGACUAUUAUGAAUUAGAGUGAUUUAACUCUUCAUAGUACCUACUUUUGUUUUAAUUUUAUUAACUAUUAGAUCUCAACAUAUUAGUUAUAAUUUUUUCUAGUCAGUUGUCACAAAUUAGUCUUAAGGUGUUCCUAGAUAUUUUUUUCACUUUAUUCCUGUUUUUAACGACAAUUUUAAUUAUUGGUACCUAUUUGGUUUUUUUUUAUAAAAACUUAUAAUUUUUUUUUUUAGUGUGCUACUGAAAUUGUACAAACUUGAGUGUCAUUUAAAAUAAAUAAUAAAUCAUCUUUUUAGUUUUGAUUGAACACACAUUCAUGUUUAUUAUUCAUAUUAUUUUUUUUUCUUCCCAUAUUUAGUUGAAUAGUUUAAUUUUAGGUAACAAUAUUGCAGACAAAUUUGUAUUAUCAUUUGAUAUUGUAUGAAACUUUGUUAAUAAGUGUAUGAAUGAUGUUUUAAAUACUAAGUCACGUUGGCCAAUAUUCAUUUUUAUUUAAUCUUUAAUCAUUUGUGAGAUGCUUAUGAACUAAUCAUUCAUUAUUUAUUGGUCCAUAAUAUAUUAAUGAACUUUAAAAUAAAUUUGUGGAACCCUGUUAUUAAUUAAUAGAUAUUUAGUUACUGUAAACAUAUCAAAUGGUUACAUUUUGGGGUUUUUAUUUAAUAAUAGCUAAUGAAUUGUGUAUGAUACAAUUUAAAAAUAAAAUAUAUACUCCAUAUACGCCUAUUCAACUACUACUAUUAUUAUUAAUUUGACUACAUAAGGAGUUAUCAGCUUAACAGCUUAAUAUUUUAUUUUUAUGUUUUUUAAACAGUUAUCAUUCUUAGUGUUUUAGUCCUCACAAGUGUUUGGUUAUUUCAAGAUUUUAUAUAUUAUCUUUUGAUUUUUGUCUCUCAACAUCAACAUUCAAUCAUCUCAAUUUUCUUAUGAGUGAUUCAUGUCUAUUCAGUUGAACACCGAUCAAGUUGAAUAGGUGUACAUGAGCUUUUUAUAUAAAUCAAAGGUAACAU